AUGGACGACUGUUUGCUACAUGACUUACCUAUCAAAGAGAUUUCAGCUUUGUCUGUCACUGGAUCCAUUGGCAGACAAGUAGUUCAGGAUUUCAAGGGACAUGCGUAUCAGAUUGAAUUGUUUCUUUGUCCUUUCAUGACUAUGUCACAAUACAAAACUUUCCGUGUUCUUCAAGCAUUGACAGGGCUACUUAUUUCCGGAUCUGCGGCCCUUCAAUUCCUUGACCGUGUUCGAUAUCCAGGCACCAACUUGAAUUUAUAUGUAAAUCAGCAAUUCAAUGUCCAGGUUCAUGCAUUUCUGGUGAAAAUCGGAUACAAUUUUCUCUCCUCUGAUGGUAACGCUUUCCAUAAACACAACUUCAAGAUAGACGCUCUUGCGGCAGAUAUUAGGGCACGUUUCCAACAAAUUUACCGACGCCAACCUUGUUGUGACCCUGCGAUUCUCACAGUUUUCUGUUACAACAACGUGGAUGGUAUGAAGAUCGAUGUGACAAUGACAUUGUUCAGUCCCUUUCAAGCAAUUGUGGGUUUACUGAAUAUAUGUACAAUGAAUGUCAUUUCGUAUGUGCACGCCAUCUCUCUCUAUCCCAAAGCGACAUUUGUGGAUCGGGUCACUUGUCAAACAGAAUCUUAUGACAUCGCUGUCACGUCUGAAUGUAUCAAAUAUAAUGAAAGAGGAUGGAAUUCUAUUUCUCAAAUGAGAGCUCUCCUCUGCCCAGAGUUCCAAAGAGAGCGUCGUGUGGGAGAUCAAUAUUCCUGGGUGCUCCCUCUCAGGCAUGAAGACUUUCCUCCCAUUGCGCUGUCUUUGGAUAUGGUCUUCACUCAUGGGUGGAGAUAUAAUUCAAGACCAGAUUCUCCUUGUAUGUUUGAAUGGCGCUUGUUAAACCGUAGUGGAAGCGUAACCGACAUUGGCUUUUCUGGAGAUUGGUAUGUCUGUCGAAUACUUAAUGCGUAUCUCCAAGAAGAGGACACAUCUGAUGAGACAUGGUAA